AUGGCCGAGGCCGAUCUUUUCGACGUCCUGAUCGUCGGCUCCGGCAGCGCUGGGCUGACCGCGGCCCUGUGGCUGACCAUCUACAACACGACACACCCACGGCAACAGAUCAAGUUCAAGAUUCUUGAGCGGCGCGGCGGACCCAUGGCCAUCGGGCAGGCGGACGGAAUCCAAUGCCGCACGGUCGAGAUCUUCGAGACCCUGGACCUGUCCGAGGACCUGCUCCGCGAGGCCUACCACGUCCUGGAAGUCGCCUUCUGGAGUCCCGACGGGCACGGUGGAAUCCGCCGCAGCAACCGUGCGGCCGACACCGCCAAGGGCCUGAGCCACAUGCCGCAUCUAAUCCUGAACCAGGCGCGGGUCAAUGGCCUGCUGCUGGAGAAGAUGAGGAAGCUGGGCGCUGGCCGGGGCGAGGAGGUGAGCUAUGGGUGGACGGUGAAGAGCGUUCGUCUGGACGAGGAGUUGGCGGAGAUGCAUUCAACCAGUUAUCCUUGUACGGUUGUUGCGGUGCGCGAUGAGGAUGCGAAAGAAGAGAUUUUCCGGGCCAAGUAUGUCCUGGGAUGUGAUGGAGCUCACAGUGUCGUGCGCAAAUCGCUCGGCUACAAGAUGGUCGGAGAUAGCACCGAUGCCGUCUGGGGAGUGAUGGAUAUCUAUCCACAAACCAACUUCCCCGACAUACGCCGCAAGGUCACCGUCCACUCCGACUCUGGAUCCCUACUGGUUAUCCCUCGAGAGGGCGGCUCUCUCACUCGCUUCUACAUCGAAUUUCCCACAGGCACCAACGUCAAGGAAAUCAGACUAGAGGAUCUACACAAGAAGGCACAGCAAAUCUUCCAGCCGUACAAGAUGGACUUUGCCGACACGUACUGGUGGUCAUGUUAUUCAAUCGGCCAACGUCUCGCGGACCAUUUCACCAAGUCCAACCGGGUAUUUUUGACCGGUGACGCGUUUCAUACCCACUCACCAAAAGCCGGGCAGGGGAUGAAUGUCUCCCUGCAAGACGGCUUCAACAUCGGCUGGAAACUCGGGCACGUCUUGACGGGACAGGCCACGCCAGACUUGUUGCAGACGUACCGCAUCGAGCGCGGCAAGACCGCGGCCGACCUGAUCGACUUUGACCGGUACUUUAUGAAGUUGUUUGCGAGCAACAAGGCGAACAACGAGAAGAAAAUCAGCCCCGAAGAGUUUCGCGAGGGCUUCAUCAAAUCCGGCCGGUACACCGCCGGCUUGACUUCGAAAUACGAGGAUUCCAGCGUGACGUCUAGCGCCGGCAGUACGCAGGAGCUGGCCAAGGAGCUUGUGGUCGGCAUGAGAUUCCCCGGCGCACAGGUCGUGCGGUACUGUGAUGUCAAAGCCAUGCAGCUUGCCCGGGCCUUGAAGGCGGACGGUCGGUGGCGCGUGAUCUUCUUUGCCGGCCGGAUUGGCGACCCCAAGAUGCUCCCGAGACUAAACCAGAUCGCAGAAUACAUGCAAUCUCCCAGCGGUCCCGUGCGGAAGUACACUCCCGUGUCGGCGGACAUUGACAGCUUUAUCGAGCCCAUCGUGGUGGUCACGGGCGACCGCCUCCAACUCGAGCAGGAGCAAAUCCCGGACUAUUUCUGGCCCGUGACCGGGAAGUGGAAAAUGAGAGACCUCCACAAAGUAUUCGUCGACGACGAGCACUACAACUCGGGCCACGGCCACGCUUAUGAGAAGUACGGCGUCGAUCCGGAGACAGGCGCCACCGUGAUUGUGCGCCCUGACCAAUACGUCUCCAAAGUGAUUCCCAUCGACGACACCCAGGGAAUCGGCCGGUUCUUCGACGGAUUUUGUGUCUCGCAGCAAGAGCAGCAGCAGCAGCAGCAGAACGGUCAUCUGUAA